GCAAUGGUGUUAUCGGCCCCGCGCCUAAGGCGCCUUUCGUUGGGGAGUAUAACGACACACGUGUUGACUGAUGACGGUCUUGCAUCUAUAUAACUCGGAUGCCACGACCCUGUGAACCUGGAUCCGAGAGUUAAGAUUCAACGUCGAGACAUCAAGUCCGACCUCAAGGGAACUUAGGGAAGAAUCCAACAGGGCAUCAUGGCAAGGCUCACGACAUGGAGGCUCAUAAGCACGGCAUCAGCCCUUUGGCUCGGCAUCGCUAGCUUGGCCGCGGCAAACUGCUCUUUAUCAGUCAAGGGCGAGCAAUUCCCUAGCUUGAUUGAUGUCACGAUCGAGGACCUGGAGAAGGGCCUCAACAAAGGCCUCUUCACCAGUGUUGACCUGGUCAAAGCCUACCUGGCCCGCAUCGCCCAGGUCAACCCCAUCCUCCACGCCAUCAAUGAGGUGAACCCAGACGCCCUCGCCAUCGCGACCGACCUGGACGCAAUGCGCGCCAAGGGGAAGACGCUGGGUCCUCUGCACGGCAUCCCCAUCAUCAUCAAGGACAACAUCGCAACGGCCGAUAAGAUGAACAACACGGCCGGAUCAUUCGCCCUUGUCGGCGCCAAGGUCCCCCGCGACAGCACCAUGGCAGCCAAACUGCGCCAAGCCGGUGCCAUCAUCGUGGCCAAGGCCAAUCUCAGUCAAUGGGCCAACUACCGCAGCAGCAACUCCUCCAACGGCUGGUCUGCAUACGGCGGACAGGUCACCGGCGCCUACUACCCGAACCAAGACCCCAGCGGCAGCUCCAGCGGUAGUGGCGUCGCUUCGUCCAUCGGCCUGGCUCUUGCCGCUCUCGGCACCGAGACAUCCGGCUCCAUCGUCUCGCCCUCGCAACGCGGCAACCUCGUCGGGGUAAAACCCACCGUCGGCCUAACCUCACGGUACCUCGUUGUACCCAUCAGCUCACAUCAAGACACCAUCGGGCCCAUGGCGCGCACCGUCAAAGACGCCGCCAUCAUCCUGCAAGCCAUCGCGGGACGGGACUGCCACGACAACUACACCUCCGCCAUCCCCAACAACGGCAAAAUCCCCAACUACCUCGCGGCGCUGAAACCAGGCGCCCUAAAGAACGCCCGCAUCGGCAUCCCCUACAACGCCCUCAGCCCCUCCGCCAGCAGCAUCGAAAUGACCGCCUUCUACGCCGCCGUCGAGACCAUGAAGAAAGAGGGUGCGCAGAUCAUCUCCGCAAACUUCACCGUCCCCAACCCCGCCACGACAUCCAUCGUCCUCGGCGCGGAUUUCGUCUCCGACCUGGCCGCGUACCUCUCUCAGCUCACCCACAACCCGCACAACCUGCACACUCUAGCCGACGUGCGCAAGUUCACACAGACUUUUGCGGGUGAGAUGUACCCGGACCGGAACACAGCCACCUGGGACGCGGCCCUGGCGCUUGGGUACAAUAACACAGAUAUCAGGUUUUGGCAGGAACUGCAGAAAAAUUAUUACUGGGGUGGGGAAGGCGGGUUGCUGGGCGCGGUGGAAAGGAAUAAGUUAGAUGCGGUCAUCAUGCCUACGAGUCAGGCGGCGGGUAGGGCAGCGAUACAGGGCGCGCCGAUCGUGACUGUGCCGUUGGGGUUCUAUCCGGCGAGUUGGAAUGUUACGGUCAGUGGGAGGGGGUUGGUGCAGCAGGGGCCGAAUAUGCCAUUCGGACUGAGCUUCUUGGGAAGCAAGUUCUCGGAGGAGAAGUUGCUUGCUUUGGCGUACGCUUUUGAGCAGAAGACGCAGGUGCGGGCGAAGGGGCCUAAGCCGUAUAUUGUUCCGAAUAUUGAGCUGGGUGAUAUUGCUGGGUUUUGAGCGGAUGAUGGAUAAUGAAGGGUAUUUAAGUUGUCGAUGAUCGUGGUGAGUGCGGUUAAGGGAAGGUUUGGGAAAUAUACCUAACGUAGUUGCAUAACGAGUGGCGCAGCAUAACGAGUGGCGCACUUUUCUGCCUCUUACAACCACCCAACUCAAUCACUGUAUUACUCC